AUGUCGAAACUUGGAAGCUUUAAAGUUCCAUCGCUUAUUAAAAAAAGACGAAUCGAUCAUGGUUUGCCAACAUUUAGCUGGAAUUCAUUGAGAAACGUGGAGGAAAUUGGCAGUGGUAGCUAUGGAUCUAUACACCGCGCAAUUUAUGACAAGGAGACAGUUGCUGUUAAAAAGCUUAAAGGCGAAUCGUCAAUUGCUAAAGAACGAUUUCUUAAGGAAGCAAAGUUGCUUUUUGAAAUGAAGCAUGAAAGUAUACCUGGGUUUUUAGGAUUUACAGAAAACCCAUAUUCAUUAAUGAUGGAAUAUGUAAUGUUUGAUUUUCAACCCUUCGGAAUUGAGAAAAGCGUCACCAAUAUUGGAGAGUUCUACCACUUCAUUGACCAUGAAUUUGAUUUCAAAUCGUUCGCCGAUGUUCUUGUCGUAUGUAUUAGGGAUGUGGUAAACGCACUCGAUUACCUCCACAACCACAGUAUUGCUCAUAGAGACUUAAAACCUGAAAACGUUUUGGUCUCCAACCAGCACUAUUGCCAGAAAGACAAAGAUACGUUUGCGCGCAUCUAUGCUAAUUGCCCAAUUGUCUGCAAAGUCACAGAUUUUGGUUUCAGUAGAUCCUUAAAUACGCAAACACAAUCAAUCCUGCAAUCUCGGACAGAAGAUGUUUGCCGUGGCACACCAGUAUAUAUGGCCCCAGAGAUUCACAACAAUACCUUGAAAAACGCAAACCUCGGGGACUUAAAAAGAACUGAUAUUUGGUCGCUUGGUAUGUUAGCUUACGCAGCAAUUAACCCAAAUUUGAUAAAUCCUUAUCAUAAGGAAGCAGAGGAUUUAGGCGGCCCCUUAACGAUGGAUACCAUGAAACUGUUUACUCAAAUACAACAGCUUCCCGCCCACGAUCUUAAAUAUGAGUCACUCCGAGUUACAGAAUGGUGGCAAUUAGAAGAAGUAUUCCAAAUGUGUGCGAAAUUCGAGCCAUCGUUUAGACCAUCCACGUCGGAAAUCCUACAAGUUUUCAAUUUUCAGAAUCUGGAAGACUCUCUAACUAUCAAAAGUCUUAAUGUUAGCCAAAGCACCGCACUCGAAAAGAAAGAUAAUGAAUUCGCCACGAUAAUGCAGUUAUCAGAGGACGCAGAGAUUCAAGCAGAGUUUGACACAAAUGCGGACCUGAACAUCGUAGAGAACGACGGGACUAAUGCAUGUGUUUUUUUUUGCUUUGCAUGUCUGUGAUAUUUUCAUGCAAAACGUCAAGAACGAGCGUUGCCUUUCGUGGGAUGAUUUAGUAGGAAUUGGAGAGGAGACGAUUAGUACACUUCCUUUGAAGAUAAAUGCGUUCAGAGAUAUGACAGAAACGUACGAUCCAGUCGACGCGAAAGCGAUUCUGACAUCGAAUAAUUUGCUUGCUGCAAAUUAUGAGUUAUCUGAGGAAUGUGUCUCGGAUAACGGCGUGUUCACAGGAUUGGGAAGGAAGGAACUCUUCGAUGCUUUAAGCAAACAAGAUCCCACGAAACAAGGAAACCGCGUCGGCUUGUAUACAUGUAGCCCAUAUACGUUUUUGGUUGGAACUAACAAUAGUUCUUACUUUUUGAUGGACACCCAUCCGAUCGGUGAAGAUUUAGGCGGAAACGGCAAUGGAAUUUUGGUGGUUACAAGCGAUUUAAGUGAAGAAUCUUGUAAACUACUGAUACAAUGGCUGCUAAAGCGCUUGAAGAGUAGUGGAGUAAGUGGAGAUAGUGCACAAAGCUUCGCAUGGGUAACUGAAGUUCAUGACAUACAAGGUACGUAAAUAUACAGUAUAGGAACCUAUACAUUUUUCAAACUAGCUUAAACAGGUUCUUACCAUAUUUAUUAUUGAAUUAGGCCAGGCAGGUUCUUAAGAAAAUAAUUUAUCUAAGUAAAGUAUUUAAUAUAGCAAACUUUAUUAGCCAUUUUCCAAUCGAGCAGAGGACUGGGUCUAGCUGCUUGUUUGGAGGGACAAAAAAUAAGCAAUAUGCCGAAUAUGGCAUCUAGGAAGUUUUCCUAAAUUCCUAAAGUUGUUUGUGCAGCUUGAAACACAACAUAAUAAAUAAGGCAUCUUUUAAUCAAACGUCCCUCCAAACAUCAGCCAGACCCAGUCCUCUGCUCGAUUGGGAAAUGGCUUAUUAUCAAAAAAGUUGCAAAACAGUUAUUAUGAGUGAUUUUGGUCUUAGGCUUUCCAAGUAAUAACCUACAGUACUAUGUACGUUGUCGCUCGAGAAAGGCAGCGCUCGAUCUCGCUAAGUCUCUUAAAUCAAGAGAUCUUAAGACUCGUCACAAAGUUUUUUGGGGGAAGAAGUGUUUUAAACAACAAAUUGUAGAACACUGUUGCGUUAGUAGUGACUUGAUAUAUGCAUGCUGAUCGUUGUCAUUUAUAUAUAAUUUUCGUUUCAAGUCAUAAACAGUGAUGAAGAUGUGACCAUGCUGGGUGAACGUAGGGGUGAAGAAGAUACGGAAACAGACACCCAAAUGUACGCCACCUCGGAUGUAAGUGAUACUGAUGAUGAAAAUAUGCUCAUGUGCUGCUUAGCUACCCAUAGCAUUAUCAAAAUUGUUUAUAUAUAUAUAGGUUGCUGAGAGUGAACCACAAUCUCCACAUACAUGUAGUAGCAGUAUAGAAGAAGACCUGGCUAAUCCAACUUACGUCACUAGCAUGCGGUAAGUCGACCCGACGUUUUAUAAAGUAUACCAACGACGCAAUUAUUCAUACUUUGAUACUUAUAUACUAUAUACUAACAAAACCGACUUAUUUACCGAGACCUCGGGAAAGCAGUGUAUUUUGUUGUCCAUCGACAUUCAUUGUUGGGUCCAGAAAACACACUGUUUCCCUCAAUCUUUUGUAAAUAAGUGAUACAUAUUUCUAUUGUCAUCCAAACGUGCCUGCACUUUUGCAGGGAAGUAGUUCGCUAACACGUAAACAUUUCGGAACUCACAACUGUCUCGUAUAAACUUGCAGCUCCGGUAAGCUGUUGCAACUCAUAAUUCGCAACUUCACAGCUCGCAAAUUACCCGUUCUCAUAAAUUAAAAAGUCAUUCACUUUCAUGUUGUGUCCAGAGGGAAAUACGUCAAAAAUGUUCGUUUUAACAAGGGUAUAGAACAAGCUGUGGACCACAUGCAUAAAGUGUUUGAAAUGCCCGCCAAUGCCGUAAUAUAGUGAGAGUCCGUAAUAGCAAGAGUUAUUUCAAUACAUUUUAAAGUGGUUUCUGCAGGGAAUUUACGAACUGUUUUUAAAAUAGCGGAGUGUAGCGCGGUGUCCGCAAGACAAGACUUAAUAAAUAAUAACUUGAUAAAUAACUUUUUAUAGAACGCCAACAAUUACAGUUCUAUCUGAUUCCGACGAUAGUAGCGAGGGAAACGAUGUGCCAAUAGAUAAGCCAGCCCGCAGAAAACG